CAUUUGCAAAAUUAUAAUCGGGCAGGUCUGUGAUUUGGUAGUUGAGGCCCCUAACCAGGGGCAUCUUUGGGUAAAGGGGCUUAACUGGUAAUGGAUGACUAAUAGGCCAGGGCUUGGAGGGAGAGCCAUGUAAGCCUUCGUCAGUGUCUGGAUACAAAUGUCAUACCUCCCUCCUCCAUGAAAGAGGCAAAAUGGGAAGAGACCGGCAUGUAUGCUGGGUGGAAGCUGACAGCUGAGAAUGUCAAGGCCAGAGGGACUUUGAGAUGUCAAGGAGCAGACCCUCCAAGCCUCCAGGCAGGCAGGUGGGCCUUGUGGGAGAGACCAAAUAGAAAAAAAGAGGUUCACUUGUGAUACAGAUGCAGGCAAGGGGCCACAACACCCGAAGGGCGUUCUGACUAGCCGACCGUUACCACAGGUUGCAGAUUUUCUGGUUGGAGGCAGAAUGGGUGUACACAACAAACUGCUGAGGUCUUUGGGGAGAGGGGAGUAGAUGCGGCAAGUGAGGAAAAUGAGGAAUAACUGGGGGGGGGGAUGGGGAGGUGCUGUCCCCAUCAGAGACUCUGCUAUUAUGAGGUCAGUGACUUAAGCUACUAUGAGGUCAUAGAGGGUGGUCAAGGCCAAAAAAAAUCAGGUCUAGAAAUCAGAUGGAGCAGGUGGGAACAAAGCCAUAGGGACAUACAAGAAGAAAGAAGCUGUGGUCUUACCAGGAACCUGAAUGCCAUGAUUUCCCACUGAUGAGAUGGGAAAAUUUGGACGGGUGCCUCAGCCCAUACUUAGGGGCACAAUUUCUUGAUAUUUAGGGAAUUGGUAGCAUUCCCAACUGUGUAACCGCCUUCAGGAGCUAGUAGCUUUGGUCAUAGGAAGGAGAAGAAACUCCAUGAACGGUGGACUCAACAAUGACUCUUUCCUCCUGGGCUGAGCUCAUGCAGCAAGGGAUUUUGGGCACACCACUUCGCAGCCCAGUGGGUGCGAUCUGGAAAUGCUGCUGGGAGUGUGCGAGUGGGAAGCACUCAGGGAAUGCCGGGGCCGCUGGGGGACAGACGGACAGACGUGCUCUGGAGUCUCGCCAGGAGCAAGUGGCAGACCUAGGGUUUCUAUAGUAUUCCGGACAAUACCACCCCCUGUGAAAAUGCAGAUACUUCACAUCCGUCCUGUUUGAUCUAUUCCUCCCGAGGACACACGUCCACGGUUUCCCCCAAGAAAGAGCAGCUGAGUCCUUGCAUCUUGUGGCAACUGGUGUGCCCAGCACCCAGUCCGUCGGAGCUGAAGGCAGCCCGGCCCCUUCUCAUGGGCAGCGCCCACCUGUGCUGAGGUCCUGCGGGAGUGGCGGUGAGAGGAGCUGCGCCAUCAGUGGUAACUGAAAAUGUCUGACAGUCUGGAUAAUGAAGAGAAACCCCCAGCUCCCCCGCUGAGAAUGAAUAGUAACAACCGAGAUUCCUCGGCACUCAACCACAGCUCCAAACCACUUCCCAUGGCCCCCGAAGAGAAGAAUAAGAAAGCCAGGCUUCGCUCUAUCUUCCCAGGAGGAGGGGAUAAAACCAAUAAGAAGAAAGAGAAAGAACGCCCAGAGAUCUCUCUUCCUUCAGACUUUGAACAUACGAUUCAUGUGGGGUUUGACGCAGUCACCGGGGAGUUCACUCCAGAUCUCUAUGGCUCACAGAUGUGCCCAGGGAAGCUCCCAGAGGGAAUUCCUGAGCAGUGGGCACGGUUACUCCAAACCUCCAACAUAACAAAGCUGGAACAGAAGAAGAAUCCACAAGCCGUCCUAGACGUUCUCAAAUUCUACGAUUCCAAAGAAACCGUCAACAACCAGAAAUAUAUGAGCUUUACAUCCGGAGAUAAAAGUGCACACGGAUACAUAGCAGCCCACCCUUCGAGUACAAAAACAGCGUCAGAGCCUCCUUUGGCUCCUCCUGUGUCCGAAGAAGAAGACGAAGAAGAGGAAGAAGAAGAAGACGACAAUGAGCCCCCGCCGGUUAUUGCACCAAGACCAGAGCAUACGAAAUCAAUCUACACUCGUUCUGUGCUUGAAUCCAUUGCUUCACCAGCAGCACCAAAUAAAGAGGUCGCACCACCUUCUGCGGAGAAUGCCAAUUCCAGUACUUUGUAUAGAAACACAGAUCGGCAAAGGAAAAAAUCCAAGAUGACAGAUGAGGAGAUCCUAGAGAAGCUAAGAAGCAUUGUGAGUGUUGGUGACCCAAAGAAAAAAUACACAAGAUUUGAAAAAAUAGGUCAAGGGGCAUCAGGUACUGUUUAUACAGCGCUAGACAUUGCAACAGGACAAGAGGUGGCCAUAAAGCAGAUGAACCUUCAACAGCAGCCCAAAAAGGAAUUAAUUAUUAAUGAAAUUCUGGUCAUGAGGGAAAAUAAGAACCCCAAUAUUGUUAAUUAUUUAGAUAGCUACUUAGUGGGUGAUGAACUAUGGGUGGUCAUGGAAUACUUGGCUGGCGGCUCUUUGACUGAUGUGGUCACCGAGACCUGUAUGGAUGAAGGCCAGAUAGCAGCUGUGUGCAGAGAGUGCCUCCAAGCUUUGGAUUUCUUGCACUCAAACCAAGUGAUCCAUAGAGACAUAAAGAGUGACAAUAUCCUUCUUGGGAUGGAUGGCUCUGUUAAAUUGACUGAUUUUGGGUUCUGUGCCCAGAUCACCCCUGAGCAAAGUAAACGAAGUACUAUGGUGGGAACUCCCUAUUGGAUGGCACCUGAGGUGGUGACUCGAAAAGCUUACGGUCCGAAAGUUGAUAUCUGGUCUCUGGGGAUUAUGGCAAUCGAAAUGGUGGAAGGUGAACCCCCUUACCUUAAUGAAAAUCCACUCAGGGCAUUAUACCUGAUAGCCACUAAUGGGACUCCAGAGCUCCAGAAUCCUGAGAGACUGUCGGCUGUGUUCCGUGACUUUUUAAACCGCUGUCUUGAGAUGGAUGUGGACAGGAGGGGAUCUGCCAAGGAGCUUUUGCAGCAUCCAUUUUUAAAAUUAGCCAAGCCUCUCUCCAGCCUGACUCCUCUGAUUAUCGCUGCGAAGGAAGCAAUUAAGAACAGCAGCCGCUAGGACUGCAAGCCUUACCCCACACCAUCUCCCUCCUGAGUAAGACUGAACUGUGAAACUCUGCGGCAGGAAAGAGGGAAGCAAAGACAGUCAAAUGGGGUGGGGGUGGGGGUUCUUUAACUUUCCAAUGACUAGAAACUUCUUAUAAGCCUUUUUCCUACUCCCUCAGAUUAUGUAAUUUAUUUGUAAGCCUGAAUCGCAGCCCGAACCGGGCAGCAAUGUCGAAGCGGCCGUGAAGUGGCCACUUCUUCCGUGAAGCGAAAGAGCCAGUAGUGAAUCCCCUCGUUUUGUGCAUUCGCUUUGAAGAAAACAAGGUUUCUCAAAGAUGCACACUCCCUCUUCAUAGUGUCGUGUUCGUUUUUAAGUUAGAGAGUAGUCCCUCUUGCAUUCGAACCUCCUUCAAAACUCCUUACCCAAAUGUGACGUUCUUCACUUGCACUGUCAUGAGGUGUCCAGAGGGAAAAAAAAAAAAAAAAAAGAUGUCAAAACGUUUUUUUUUUUUAAAGCAAGCAAAAAAUGAAAAGCAAAAACAAAACAAAACACAAAAAAAACCACAAAAAACAAAAACAAAACAAACAAAAAAAAUUACCCCAGAGCAAAUACUGUGUGACCACGGGGAAGUCCAUGCCCUAAGAGUUGCGAUUUUUCAUUCUUCUUCGAUAGUGGUGGCUUGGUUUGCGUGCCUGUUUUUCUGCAUUUGUACUGGGAAAGGUUUCUUUGAAGGCAUGUUUCCAAAAGCAGAGAGGAAUAUGUGUGUUCAGGAAGGGCUUUUAAAAACUGCAUCUCUAAAUAUAAAGCGCAAACGGUGAAAUCCUGUCACAUUUUCACGAUGAUGCUUAAGAGAGGUAGUUGAUGUAUCGUUUGUAGAAACCAGCUUGCUCAUCUUCACGAUAACCUGAGAAAGGACACCCCAAGCCUUGUGAACUCUCCUGUUGGGUGACUCCAGGUCCUCAACCUAGGAAAUCCUGGCAGGAGAAGUCAUACUUAGACAAAGAUGGGACUUUCUCUGAGAGCCAAAAGGAAAGCAAAAUGUGUGUACAAUACUUAGAUCUUUGUUGGACAGAAGGAAACAAAACUAAAGGUACCUAAUUUAAUCCCCCCUUGUGCUUGUGGAACACAGGCCAUCGGAAAAUAGGUGCAUUAGGAGGAAACAGACCCAUUAGCCAACAUUUGUUCAACAUUUAUGAUCAAAAUCACGUGAAAAUUUAUAACGUUUUUAAAAUUCCUCAAAGGAUCUGGAGAACAGAGAUAUCUUAGGUAUUCGGCCCUGUCAGAAGUGGGAGGUCUGCGAAAACUACACCCCAAUCAAUAUUUGGCUCUAAGUACUUGUUCCCAUUUGCCCUCUGUCUCGCCAGUUUCUGUUUCAGGAUAUAGUAUGUUCAUACUUUGUCCUUUGCGCUUUUGAAUCUCAAAAACAUGUUCAUAAAGAUCUGGAAAUUCUCCAGUAAAAGUAAUUAGGGUUUGCAAUCAUCUAUCCCGAGAAGUAUCAGUUCCAACUGGUUUCCUUUUGUGGCUUAAGGAAAGCACGAAAAUUUGACUAUUAUUUCACCAUGUAUCUACUUACUAAAAAGGCACCAGUUGGCACUUCCUGAAUCUUCUGAGAGCAGAAAAAUAUCUGGACGGUGUCUGCGUAGAAACAAAAUAUAUACUUCUCUUUCAAAUGUACUGUCCGUUUUAUAAAUUUUGCAAAGUUGUUUCUCCAAACCUUUGAAAAGCUAACAAUUUGUGCUAUGGAAAGGCUUCUUGAUGUGUAAUAUAUCAAGACUCUGAAGAGAACCUGUCUACUUCAGCAAGAGGGAGAAAGGGAAUGACAUGGGCCUCUCUUCCUCUUUGCCAAGGUACAUCUAUCCAUCCGUCCAUUCCUUAAAAUGAAAGCACUUUCUUUAGAGAAUUUCUGCUAACCAUAUAGGGUGCGUGUUUAUGUUUAGGAAAUGGCACCACUGGUGGAUUUCCUAUUUUCCUACUGUUUUUUUUUUUUUACUAUAACAUUUGGGAGGGGCUCGACCCCCUGGAAAAUAGCCACAGUGAGAUAAAACAACAAAUGUGAAAAGAAAAUCAAAUAGCAACAUUCAUUUGAAGCAUGCUGUGUUAUGCUUUGCAAAAAGGUGGGUGGGCCUGAAAUUUUUAAUGCCACACUGUUCUAAUGAGAGAGAGGGAGGCCUUAAUUUUUAUUUCAUUUAAAGUUAAAUAUUUGUUUUAAUGUUUCAUUCAUAGUGCCAGGGAAUUCAAUGAAACCAUACCUGGGGUGUGAAUCGAAUUCAGUACGUUAACUAUGCCCUGCCAGUGGAGGCAACCACACACCUGGUUGGGAAGCCCUAGUUGUUGAUUAGUGUCCCUUAGAUGUCAUUAAGGCCUUUGGGUGGGGAGAGGCCUGGAGCAGUGAUCCUUCAGAUCACUGUAGACAGAGAAAUGGCUGUUCUUUUAUGCUUUCAAUCCUGCAUAUUCACAACGAGCCGCCAGAUUUCUUCACCACAUCCCAUCGGACCAAGAUUUUAUGGUAGUAUAUCGCAGUAGGCUUUACUCUUACCAAUUUAUAUCUAUGUAGAUUUUAAACGAGAACAGCUUCCAGAGACCCUCCCCCAUGUUGGAGGAUUACGUAUAUU